AAAUAAUCAAAGUAGUUGUGUAGGACGGUGCGGCUCGGAUUCAGCAAUGGUCAAAUCCGAAAUAAGAAUCAAGCUGACUACCGUUAAGUGAUUCAUUUCCAUGCAAAGUAUAUACUCGGUUUAUAGAUAUUUAGCAAGUCAUUCGAGCUGUGCUCACUUUACGUGCUCUACCUAUAAAUUUUUUUUACGGUUUGCUUUAUUGUUAUUGUAGCAUAAUGUUCGCGCUAUUUUUCCUUAUAACAUAAUCGGUCUUCGAUAGUAAGUAAAAUAUUUGUAAAAAUAUUUACAAAUGAGCAAACAUUCCAGCAAAUACGAUUUGUACAAUUUAUACAUAUGUAUUCGUAUAAACACGUAAGAAUACAUAAAAACGCAAAGCCUACGUAAUUUUUGCGAUAUCACGCCUCAUACAUAUUUGAUAUCCGGUUUGCACCGUAUUAUCGAUCAUUGUCGAUUAACAUUGAUAAUGUAACGCAAGGACGUGGAUAAUGUAUUUCUUGCGAAAUUCGGACUGGUGGUAAAUAAUUUGUCCAAUUGUAAAUAACAACGUGAAAUUUCGUGUUCUACACAGUAUCAAAACCGAUUUGACUGCGCGAUCGUGAGGUCAGUGCGGCGUCAGCCUAUUCGUCGAAAAUUCAACGUACUAUCCACACCUGCUAUUUUAUUGGGCGACGAGACAUCGUGCGCGAUCGCGUCAGCUAUCAUGUCAGCUCUCUUGCAUGCAAGAGCUGACGUAACGUCACGCGAUUUACACUAAAAUUUUACUAGAAUGAACUUUGCUUUCUCAGAUGCUAAAGAUAUAUCUUCGUUUGUACAAAGAAGUCGAGUAUAGUAAUGCAAACGCAACGAGACGUGUAAAGAAUGAUGUUUCAUAUCUUUCUUUUUUCGACUAGUAACAAAUGGAAAAGUGAGAGAAAAGGAAAAGCAAAAUAACAAGCAUUUGUCAUAUCGCACAAAUACAUACAACUACAAAUAAAAAAUACGUUAAUUGUAAAAUAUAUAUAGAUAAUGACGUAAUACGUUGAUUACAUAUGGUGUAGAUAACUGUACAACCUUGAAUUUAGAGAGGAAGGUAAACUAAUGAAGGUUGUUUUUACACCAUUUACAUUUCAUUAUAUGUAGCGAUCUCCUGAAAAGGCAUUUCUAUAAAAUUAUGUUAACGUUGUAAAUCAUGUUAAUUAGCCUUGCAGCUGUAUACGAAAUGCAAAGUAUAUAUGACGAGAAAAAAACGAAUUGUUCAUAUCAUCAUUAAGUAAUGUAUUUCUCGCCUUAACAAAUUAAAAAGUUAGAUUACUUCAAUUACGAGCAUUUCUUGUUUGCAUUUAUAAUUUUUGCUAUUUUUUGUUAUUGUCUUGUUCGUUUGAACAGUGUUUGGCGAUUAUUUGACACGAAAAAUUCGAACGUAAUCUUUUUUAUAACAUAAUCAUACAAGUUAUAACUGAUAUCAUCGAAUAUUUUUCUCUUGUAGUACGAUUUACGCAAUUCUCUUUUAAUCCACUACGGUUUAAAGUGUCACGUGAUACGCAAGAUCAGGGAUCUUACAUAAUAUCGUAAUUUGCUUUGCGAUAAGGUUUCAGUGCAUCAGCAAAUUAUGUUUAUCUACGGGGAAUUUUUGUAGACAUACAUUCAUGUACAUAUCGUGUCGCGCGACAUAAGCAUACUUCCAGCCUUGACUCUCCUUCGAUCUCAAGGGAAGGAAACGAUCCAGAUGACUAUUCAAGAUUGACCUACAGAAAAUUGCUCGAGGAAACAUGCAGAUUCGCGAAUGUACUCAAAUCGAAAGGCAUCUCCAAGGGUGACAGAGUCGUGAUCUACAUGCCGAUGAUCUUAGAGCUUCCGAUCGCAAUGUUGGCUUGCACGAGGAUAGGGGCGGUUCACAGUGUGGUGUUCGCAGGUUACUCGUCCAACUCGUUGGCGGAACGUAUCCUCGACUCGAAAGCCAAAGUUCUGAUCACUACGGAUGGUGUGUGGCGAGGCGAAAAGUUACUUCUGUUGAAAAAUAUCUGUGACGAGGCCCUGGACAAAGCCAAGAAACAAGGUCACCAGCUCGAGAGUUGCAUCGUCGUUGCGCAUUUGAGGAGACUCAGCUGUCCCCAGGGCAAGAUGAAUGGAGUGAAUGGUACUAGCAACGGCAGCGGCGCUACGGAGACUAAUAUUUCUUGGGACGACGAUCGAGAUGCUUGGUGGCACGAGGAGAUGGAAGACGCGGAAGCGAGCUGUUAUCCGGUCUGGAUGGCUGCCGAAGAUCCGCUCUUUAUUCUUUACACAAGUGGAUCUACCGGGAAGCCGAAAGGCGUUCUUCAUACCACCGCGGGAUACUUGAUCUAUGCAGCGACAACUUUUAAAUACGUGUUUGACUAUCAUCCGGGUGAUAUCUAUUGGUGCACUGCCGAUGUCGGCUGGAUCACGGGGCACACUUAUGUUGUUUACGGUCCGUUGGCGAACGGCGCAACGUCCGUCAUAUUUGAAGGUACGCCCUUUUAUCCGGAGAACGAUCGAUACUGGUCGAUUGUCGACAAGUAUAAGGUCACGCAAUUUUAUACGGCGCCAACGGCCAUUAGGUCACUCAUGAAGUUCGGCGACGAGUUUGUAAAGAAGCACAGUCUGUCCACACUCAAGGUACUUGGUUCAGUAGGCGAACCAAUCAACAGCGAAGCUUGGCUAUGGUUUUACAAACUUGUUGGCCACGGGAAGUGCAGCAUAUCGGACACAUUCUGGCAAACGGAAACUGGUGGUCAUGUAAUCACACCGCUACCAGGUGCCACGCCUAUGAAACCAGGUUCUGCGACAUUUCCGUUCUUCGGGGUUUUGCCGGAGCUUCUCGACGAAGACGGUCAUGUGAUCGAAGGCGAAGGAGAAGGAUAUUUAGUCUUCCGCCGACCGUGGCCGGGCAUGAUGCGGACUUUAUAUGGCAAUCAUCAACGUUUCCAAACUACGUACUUUGAUCGAUUCAACGGAUUUUAUUGCACGGGUGAUGGUGCAAGGCGCGACGCGGAUGGAUACUUAUGGAUAACCGGUCGUAUCGAUGAUAUGCUGAACGUUUCUGGUCAUUUAAUGUCAACAGCCGAAGUAGAGAGUGUGUUGGCGGAACAUUCUUCGGUAGCUGAAGCCGCGGUGGUCAGUAAAUCGCAUCUAGUCAAAGGUCAAUGUCUUUAUUGUUUCGUCACGCCAACUGCAGGGAAGACGUUCGACGAGAAAUUGCAGAUCGAGCUUAAAAAGAAAGUGCGCGAGAGAAUCGGUCCGUUCGCUCAACCAGAUGUCAUCCAACACGCUCCGGCUCUACCAAAGACAAGAUCCGGCAAAAUCAUGAGACGUAUGUUGAGAAAGAUUGCAGCAGGCGACAGGAAUAUUGGAGAUACGUCAACGUUGGCCGAUGAAAGUGUCAUUCAGCUUCUCUUCGAAUUAAGGCCGUGCGUUUAAGACGUGCGUUUUGUGCUUCUAUUCUAGGGAGAAACGAACGAAAUUUUAAGAAAGCUUUUUUUCGCAUUAUUUGUUCGAUAAGUAUCAAAAACAGAUAAAAGUCAGAAACACAAAAGAAAAAACACAUAUAGAUAAAAGUCAGAGUUGGGAACAUUAUUAAAAAAAAAAAAAAAAUGCGUUACUGUUACUUUUUGUAAAAAGUAACUUGUUACCGUUACUUGUUACUAAUUAAAUAAAAAAAAUAACUUAUUACCAUUACUAAGAAAGUAACGGUUCAUUACUUUUUUAUAAUACUAAAAAUACGUAAUUUAUUUUAAAAUGAAAUUAUUGUUUUAAGCUUAAAUUAUUUUUGGUGUAGCCAGUUUGUGUCUAAAAACAACAAACCUUUCAAAACUACAAUACUAUUAACUCGAAAAACUAAUAUUUUUUUAUAAACUUGAUUUUAUCGUCUUAUUUGUUAUUAUUCUUGACACAAAAAUUGUCAGUACAGAGCCAGAUUUUGCAAUUUGACUUUUAAAACUUUUUAAGUAACUUUUUAAUACAUUCUCGCUUUACUAAAAAUACGAUUCGAAUAGUGCGCGAGAGAAUCGAUCCGUUCGCUCGACCGGAUGCCAUCCAACACGCCCCGGUUCUACCGAAGACAAGAUCUGGCAAAAUCAUGUACGUAUAUUGAGAAAAAUUGCAAUAGGCGAUAGGAAUAUUGGAGAUACGUCAACGUUGGCCGAUCAUAGAGUAUCAUUCAGCUUCUCUUCGAAUUAAGGCCGUGCGUUUAAGACGUGCGUACUUUUUAAGUUUACUAAUAAAUUUAAUAAUAGGUAUGCUUAGAGUGUAAUAUAUAUAUAUAUAUAUAUAUAUAUAUAUAUAUAGUUUUAGUGUAAUACAUAUAUGGUUUCUUAUAAAAGAGAAUGAACUACACUAAGCAUAUCUAUUAUUAAAUUUAUUACAAAUUUUUAAUAGUUAAAUUAUAAAAUCCAACUUUAACAAUUAUUUUUAUGUAAAAAAUGAGAUAAAACCAUGUACUGUCUUCCAGUGAAUAUCUGGAUAUUUUUAUCCAAUCAAGAAUAUCUAAUACACGUUAAAAGUAAUGAUUGCGCCCAUAUUCUUGAAAUUUUUGCGUAUACGUAAUUUUCAUUGCACAACUAUUUUAUGGUAUGAUUAAACCUGCGCAGUUUUACCUGCGUAAAACUUACGUAUACGCAAUUAUUUCAAGAAUAAUGGCUUUGUUAUCGAAAAAAGUAAUGGUAAUGGUAACACGUUACUUCCCAACUUUAAUAAAAGUUAUAGAUUACGUUGAAUCGUAUUGUUCCACAUAUUUGCACAGCAUCAGAAACGCGAUUAUAUCUCAAGAUUUUAUUAAACGCCCAGUCAUUUGACGAUUUGACGAGUGUACAAGAUACAUAAACGUGAGAUAGAAUAAUUAUUUUUAAUUGAUCAACGAAUUCUGACGUUGUCACUCGAGAGACGUUUCAGAGUGAGUAGAAUCGAAAUCGUUCUUUUCCCUCGAGAAGAACUACGAAAAACUAUGAAAGAAAUACAUUGAAAGUAUAGCUCGUUAGAAUUUCAGAAUUAUGGAAUGGAUAGAAUUAAUAAAUUAUUAGUCGUUCUCCUCAAGGAAUUGCGACUGCGAUACAUAUCUCAUGGUACGCUGAUAAGUAACGUAAGUGUUAUCUUCUGUUGUAAAUCACAUAAGUUCAAAAUUAAUUGCAAGAUGAAAAAUGCUCUAUAUAGGAAUCGUUAUGAGUAGUGCGCAAAGAAUAAACAGAAUAUGCUGAUUGCACAAUUAUUAAUGAUCGUUAUUUAAGAAACAAGUGGCACACAUAACUACAUGAUACGUAUAUGUGUUAUUACUGGCGGAUAUACCGUAAAAAAAUGAUAUUCUGCUCUCUGUAAUUUGGAUAAAUAAGAUAAAGAGAAACUAUUUACGUACAUACAGGGUGUCCACCGCCGCUACCAUAUUGCCUUUCAGUCAUGUAUUCUAUGACAAGAUUCAGAUAAGACAAAAGUAAUACCUCUUCUUACCGUUUGAAGAAGACACGACUGAAAGAAAAUACGCGGCUGAGGUGUACGUACUUAUAAAUGAAAGUCGCCUCGUGCCUCCUUCGUGAGGCACGUUACAUACAUAUCAUUCCUCGCGGAACAACAAACAACUUUAGGUGUGAUAUAAUACGUGUACAUGUAUGUAGAUAUAAAAGCGAACAAAACGUAAGCAACAAAUAUGGCUAUAACUAAAGACAUAUAUGUAUAUAUAUUAAGAGUAUGUUAUAAUCACGAUCGUUCUGUUAAACGUU